CGGCUCGCAGCUACGGCUGACCGUCCUCGACGUGUACUGCGCUGGCGGCGCAUCCUUCAUAAACCGUGGCUUUCGGUAUGGCCUCGUCUUCGUUCUUCCCCUCUCCGCCCCGUGUCAAUGGUACAAGCAAGCCGCGCAUGUCGAACGGUCUCCCUGUCUAUUCGUCCGCCGUGCAAGAGAAGCUGCACCGACAUCCAAGCGGUUCUCUCAUAACGUUUAUUUCCCUGCCUAUACCCGGGGUGCCCACACGAAGACUUCGAGUGCCUACUAUCAACCCAGCCCGUUUACAGCAAUGCGGCUUGCGCCCUGGUCGGAAGAGAGGGCCGAUGCUAUUAUGCCUGGCCCUGUUCGCAAUGAUAUACGCGACCUUCGCGUUAGCAAAGCGCUGGGGCUCACAAGAAAAGCAAUGGCCUACGCCAUUCCAGGGCCCGACGUCGACGUUGGUGUUCAAGCGGGAAGACUUGCAGCGGAUAUGGGAGUGGGAGAUCUUGAGUGGUCAUUUCCCUAGCAGUCGCAAAAUUCCUGAACAGAUAGGAUUUACGACGACACCUAUUAACCCUGCCCUACCCCCUAAGAAGGCGCCCACGAUUCCCUUACGCUUUCGACCACCGUUUGUUACGAAUACGCAGGGCAUUGGACCCAAGCGCGUAUACUUGGACAUCCAGAGCCGUCCACCGAAUGUGGCGUAUCCGCCACGACCUAUACCAGGGAGUGUUGCGGAUUUGGACACAAUCAUGGAGCAUUGUGAUUUCUCCAAGAAGAAGUUCGUACGGGAUUGUCUUGAAGUGCUUCGGCUUGGUGCUGGUUUGGAUAAUCAGGCAAGGCUAAGACGGGGCAAGAUGGAUGAAUGGAAGUAUAUCUACGCUGAACAAGGGGAGGUGAACUGGGCAUUGAACGUGACGACAGAAACUCCGCAUAUGGGGAAGGACGCCGUCCGGGGGCAUCUGUCUGCAUCGGAACAGGACUCUAGCUCAGAACUUACGAAGAAACGAGGUGCUGAAUGGGAGCCUCGCCCGGAGCUCCGUCCACCCUUGAAGUAUGAGCCCUUCAAUCAACUUCAAUCCCCUUGUGACGAUGAAAACCCUCGUAUCUUCCACAUGUUCUGGGCCGGGGCGUUCACUGACAAGCCGUAUCUUGCGUUACUGUCUUUCCUCUUCACGCAGAAUGUUGGGAUACAUCUCCCUGAGGACCGCCCCGACCCCAAGGUAUGCCGACCGCAGUUCUGGCUCUGGAUUAACCCUGGUCCAGCUGCUUCUGUGCCAAACCCCAAUGCACGCAAAGACAUGUAUGACCAGCUGCAAGCGAAUCCGUGGGCUGCUCCCUUCUUGCACCCGCGGUUUAAAGACGUUAUCCAAUUCAAGCUGUGGAACACUACUGAGCAACUGGACGGCGUUCCUGAGUUGAAGGAAGAAUGGCGUGCGAUGCGCGAUACAUUAUUUAAUUCAGGCGGGGUAAUUGUCAACGUACCAGCGGAGGAGAAGGAGAAAGCUGAGAAAGCACAAGAGACGACCUCGGAGGAACUUACCGAAUCCUCUGGAGAUGAUACCGCAGCCGCCAAGGCUGCACCUACCGGCGAAGAGACAAAUCCUGAUGAUCCUCUUCACCGUCUUGGGUCGCAAUCCCCCGACACUUACGACCGAAUGUCUGUUAUUUUAUCUGACAUGGCACGAUUCGUCUUAUGUCAUCGUUUCGGAGGUAUCUAUCUGGAUGCCGAUACUAUUUUCCUCCGGGACUGGGAGGAACUGUGGGGGUGGCAUGGUGCAUUCGCCUAUAGGUGGUCGCGCCUGGAAAAGUACAAUACUGCGGUGCUUAAGAUGAACAAGAAUUCUGCCUUGGGCACUUUCCUGUUCCGGACCGCUCUCAAGAAUGGGCUUGACUUCCAUCCGAUGACUGUCUCCCGGUACACGAAAGACGCGUAUUUGGAGGAACUACUUCUCCGCCUACCGGACGCCUUGUUUGACUCUGCAUGGUUGAACACUGAAUGGUUCCAGCGUGACCGUCCUCCACAGCCCUACUUCACUGAUUUCGCGGACUUCUUCGACACUCCUCAGCAGAACAGUGCCUCUCCAGCGGCUCUCGGAUUUGAUGGCUUCUUCAAGGGUGCUUUCUCAUAUCACUUCCAUAAUUUCUGGUGGAAGCCCUUCGAUCCAUCACGGAACUGGCCGGACUUGGGUCCGCGGUUCGCCGCUACGGAGCGGAUCGCUCGUGCGGCUGUCGAAGCAGAUGAUGACAAGGAGGAGCUGGUUGCGGACGACAAGCGAGACUUGGACUGGGCCACUGUCUUGAAGAGGACAUUCGAAUCAUAUAUCCGGGGAGAGCGGCCAAACAUGUAUGGCGAAUGGAUACAGUGGUGAUAAGUCCGUUGCGGAGGGGUUUCGUGUACGACAGGGAUCUCGGGCGGGUGACUCCGAUGGUGCGCAGCGUGUACAGGCUCACGUCGGGACUUUGUCCUUAGUGUUUAUCUAGACUUUCAACUUCUUUAUCAGGUAUUAAUAAAACGGAUCCUGCUAAUACUAUGAUGGAACUGUCGUUACGGUCAAAUGCUCUUCUCUGCGGUCUUGGGAUUCUUUACCUUCGUAUGGGUUUGGACAUAUACCGUAGUUUCUGGGACGUCUGUAGGUAUAAUACGACACUCCUCGACUUGUCAUAGGACACUGGUCGACGGACGGUAAGCCAAUGGCAGUAUGAUCACACCUUUCC